GUCCCAGUGAAUUGACUAGGGAAUUUGAAGCGCACAAUUGAUGUGAUACUAAGACAAUAAGUGGAAAGUGUAAUUAAAGUAAUCACGCUACUCGUUGAGUUCUUUAGCAUUGAAAAUCUAUAAAAGUUGAAGUGCCUUCCAUUCCAAACGUACCCAAGCUCAGUCGUUCAUGAUUUUCAGCAUUAAAUCCACGAAAUAAAAUCCGUUUAUUGUCUUAUCACAUUUUAAACGCAACGGUCCAUAGUGAAAAAUUUCGCGGAUUUCUGAAUUUCACAUAUCAUCACUGCCACCCUACUUUGUUUACAAAAACUACGGGACUUUGACCGCAUAUAUGAUAACCUUAUCAGCUGGUUAUGUUUUAAACAAUUCCUUUCGUGCCGUGAAGCUUUAAUUUAUUAAAAGAUACCAAAGUGUAAUCAUUUGAUUGUCUGUGCUCAGUGAAAUCGGCGACUGGCAGCCACAAGAUAGUGAAAUAAUUUGUGUUUAACAACGCAUAAGUACUCGGUGUUAACUAAGUCUAAGUGAAUUAACCCCUCAAUUUGCAUAUAAUGAAUUCGUCAUCAGGACGAGUCUUAGUGCGACAGAUUGUCAGUUCUUUGAGAGCUGCAACUACAUUGCAAAAUCAACAGUCGAAAAGAUACGUCCAACAACAAAGUAAUGCCGUAAGUGAGGCUCAUGAUAAGUGCUCAUGCUACACCCCGUCGGAAGGAUAUAUCAGAACCUCGCCGUUUGACCCUGUUGCGAUCCCCGACCUCACAUUAGAUAGAUAUGUUUGGGAGAAUGUCAACAAGUGGCAGAAUAAAAUCGCAGCAACAUGCAUCGUUACAGGACGACAAUACACAUAUGCUCAGUUACGGGACCGUAGCGCUGCCUUAGCCCUCCGACUUCAGGAAAAAUUCAAGCUGAAACCGCGAGAUGUGUUAGCAAUUUGUCUUCCAAAUAUUCCUGAAUAUCCUAUUGCAUUUCUAGGGAGCGUGGAAGCUGGACUUACAAUAACUACCGUCAAUCCGAUGUACACAGCAGAGGAAAUCGGUCGUCAACUAAACAACAGUAACGCCCAAAUGGUUAUCGGCACAGUAGCAGGGUACCAAUUACUAAAAGAUGCCUGCAAAGCAGCAAACAGACGAAUUCCAAUUUGUUGCAUUAAAACCCAUAAAAACGAUUCAAUUCCCGAAGGGGCUGUGGAUUUCUCCGAAAUUAUUGAUCCGAAACACUGUGAUUUUAGCCAACUGAAACCUACUGGAAUCACUAUCGAUGACAUGGUUGUCUUACCCUACUCUUCGGGUACAACUGGAAUGCCCAAAGGAGUAAUGCUAUCACAUAAAAACAUCACUGUCAACUGUGAAAUGACCUAUACAGGGUCUCCAUAUCCACCACUAUUAGAGGACACCACAGAAACUGUGCAAGAGGUUUGCCCUGGAAUUUUACCAUUUUUCCAUAUUUACGGAUUGUCGUUGAUUAUGCUGGCUAAAUUGAAAAUGGGUUGCAAGCUAGUCACGAUGCCACGAUUUAAUCCAGAUGACCUCAUCAGCACACUUUACGAGCAGAAGGCAAGCAUCUUGUAUCUGGUACCGCCAAUUAUCCUAUUUUUGAUCAACAGUCCAAAGGUUCAAAAGAAGCACAUGGAACACCUCAAGGUUGUAAUGUCUGGUGCUGCUCCCAUAGGUGCCUUAGAUGCAGAAAGGCUGGUUACGAAAUAUCCCAAUGUGGCAUUCGUCCAAGGAUACGGAAUGACAGAAACCUCCCCUGUCAUAAUGAUGGGCCACCGAGGGAUGACCAAGUAUGCUUCAGUUGGAUUCGUUACACCCAAUACAGAAGCGAAAAUUGCAUCUUUGGAUGGUGAAAACCGUAUUGGACUCGGACCCAAUGCCGUUGGCGAAGUUUGUGUACGAGGCCCUCAGGUAAUGAAGGGCUACCUGAACAACGAAGAAGCAACAAAGGACAUAUUUCUGGAUGGAGGCUGGAUUCGAACAGGAGAUGUCGGCUAUUACGAUGAGGAAGGGUAUUUCUUCAUCACCGAUCGAAUGAAGGAACUGAUCAAAGUGAAAGGUUUCCAAGUACCCCCAGCAGAACUUGAGGAGCUACUACGGGAUCAUCCCAAAAUCUUGGAUGCUGCAGUGUUGGGUGUACCUCAUGAGAAACAUGGCGAAGUGCCACGAGCCUUUGUCGUGUUGCGCCCCAACAUGCAAGCUACUGAGAAGGAAAUCCAAGAAUUCGUUGAAGAGAAAGUGGCAGUUUACAAAAAACUCGACGGAGGAGUUAAGUUCUUGGAUGAUAUUCCGAAAAGUGUUGCGGGAAAGAUUUUGAGGCGCGAAUUGAAAGAGAAAUAUUGUUAGGACGUGGAAACUACGUGGUUGAAUUUGUUGUCCGUAUUGGAACGCGCUAUAUCUGCGUCUUUCAUGCAUUUGUUAGUUGUGGAAAGCGAAAUUUUAUUCUGUUGAGUGUUUUACGGUGAUAUAAUUUUGUAUGUAAAUUCCACUCUAAAUUAAUUAAUCUAAAACGUUGUCAUCAUGUAAAUAAUUGUCCUAAAAAAUUUUUUAGCCCGGACAGAUUCAUUUACUGAAGAGGUUUAAGUGUAGACGUAAUUUUUCCUGGGGACGCACGAAGUAAUCCGAAAAAGGGCACUUGCCCUAAAGUUGACCAAAAUCAUGCUGUACCUUUGGGACUGUGAAUGCGUUUAAUGAUAUAAUCCACACAAGAAUUUUGUGAAUUAUAUUAACCAUUCCGACUAGAAAUUUAGGACUUAAAUAAGAGGAAGUGUUAUGGCUGGCAAAUGUAAAAGAUAUAAAUGCAGAUUUGAGUGUUUUUAAAAAUAGUGCGGUUUUUCUCAGUGUUUGACAAUAAAAAUAUCUUCUCAUUGUUGAAACUAUAAAUCCUGGACCACUAUAUUUUGCGAGGAGAACUUUCGAUAUCACAUUUACAAUUUUUUCGUGGCGAUAGUCAAUUUGUAUUUGUACGAUAUUAAGAACUAUAAGAAUAAAACAUAAGCAGUAUUUCUAUAGGUUUUGUAAAUAUU